GAGUAUGCGCUGAGAACAGAGAGAGAGAGUCAGCAGUAGACUCAUCAGCAGGCAGCAGCACAGCAGCAGUGGCAGUCGACGACGACCCACGAGACGAGGCGCAGUGAGCAGUGAGGCCAGGCGAUUACGAUGCGACCUGGUUUCCUGAACACAUGUCUGGCCAGUCUAUAUUUUUUGAUCGCGUCAGCGGCCUCCCCCCGUGACAAGUACCGAGAUGCGGCAGAGCAUCUUCCCGAGGUAGUCAAGUCCGUGACACAGGACCUGAGCAAGGAACCUAGCUGUGACGAGCUGAGAGCAAUGUGGAGAUUCUCCAAGAGGCAGUCCAGAGCCGCAGAGAGCACCAACGAGAUCCCGACAUAUCGUGACCCCUUCGCGUACAACGUGUGGGAGGACCACGCGAGCAUCCGGAGCGUGGGGGGCGGCAAGAUGAGGAGGCCGUUGGUGUACGGGCGACUGGUGCACAACGGAUACCAGAGACCGAGAGUGCAGGAAGCACCGGUCCCGGAGAGGAUCAGAGGGUUCGAAGACUUUGCAAGGAUGUUCAAUGCAGGACACAUGCCCAAAGCGCACACCAGGAGGAAGCCAACCACCAUCAGACUGGUAGGCGGCAACAGCCUGGGACAGAUGCAGAUCGAUGAUGCGCAGCCCACAAGCUUCCAAAAGCUGAAGCAGAUGAUACAGUUGGAGAGAGCGCGAGAGCUGCACGAACAGAAGUUGUCGGAGGAGUCGGCGGCGCGAGAGAGUGCUCUUCAGUACCAACGAAUGAUGAUCCAGGACGCGAGUGCAGGCGCCACUGGACUGGUGCCGUACAGCCAUGGUCAUCGCAGACCUCAGCUGGACCCUGUGGUCAACUUUCCAGACGUCCUGGCGCCCUCGAAUGACUACUACACCAACUACAACAACUACAUGCAGAGAUCUUCAUACCCAGAACCACUGAGCCGGCUCACUGCACCUGGCAGAUCCCUCAUCCCAGUGGCCAAUCCGCAGUUUCUGAACACCGAGAUCGAACUGUACUCUUCUCCGCGAACUGUGCGAUCUUCGCAACAACAGCCAUCGCCAUCCUCCAUCUCCAGCUUUAUCGAUGAAGAAAUCUCCCGCCUGGUGAAAAAAUCUACUCCCUUUAAAACGAUCGAUAUGGUAUUAUCCUUUAAAAAGCGUGGAAGUUUCAAUCUUCCUCUCCAGGAGUAUACAGAGGAUGACCCAGAUCCUGUUAUAAGAGAUUUACCUCCCUUAAUAUUUUCCUUGCUGCCUAGUUAUCCUAUUGAUCAACAAGAAAUGGCCUGGAUUGAAGAUGGUACUUAUGAGCCAGUAGAUACUUUCUUUGUUGAAACAGAAGGCGAUCCCAAAUUGACCCCUGAGUUAGAUGCUCCAAUAAAAAACAAGGCUGAGGAAGUUGAUGGUGAUUAUAAAUCAGAUGUUGAAGGCUGUCCUGACUGUUUGAAGGAAUUUGUGAAGGCAAUGGGAUAUAUUAUGGACCCGAACGAUUCCGAAGCUCGUGAAACAUUUUUUACGGAAAAUACAACACUAGAUGGGGUUGAUUUGAGCAAUGAUCAAGUUGAGCCUGUAUACCAAGACGAUAGAGAAACAAUGUUGGCCUCGAAACCGGAAAUUAGUAAUCCAAUGACGUUUGAACGAGAUGUUGGCAAACAGCAGUCGUUGACUCAAAACUCAAAUGACGACAUCAAUGGUUCGAGUACGAUGAAUAUGAAGGAUGAACUGAAAGAACGAAAAGAAGUAGUUUCCCUUCAAGAGAAAACUGAAAAUCCUACAUCUUCUUCUCGGAGUAAUGAAAUUAAAAACUCAGAUUUGCGAUCACAUGAUGUAAGGGUAAUGGAUGAAUAUGGACUUCCUUUGCGAAAACAAAAAACGGAUUUAAAAAAGAUUACUCCGAGGAAACCAGCAGAAAUUGAGAAAUCAGAACCACCUACUUCAACCACAUACUUGAUGAAGUAAAACAUUAACGAUAUUUUAAAUAUAAACUAUUUUCUUAGAGAGCUUAGUACUCCACCUUCCCUAGUAAUCUAUACUUCCUAACUGUAUUUCCUAAUAUAUGUAUGUUCGUGUGUAUGGACUGAUAAUAUACAUAAAACUAAAUAUAUAUAAGAUACAUCUAUGGUGCUCUGACUGAUAUUAUGACUGUUAGAACAGAUAGCUCAACUGUUAUGCACUUUUGUCUUGGUAAUGUUAACAAAAAUGUAAUUAUUUUUAGAUGUCUUAUUGUAGAGGUGAGUUUCUAAAGUGAAAUGUUUAUAAGAAUACAUAGUUUGUCCCAUG